AUGGAAAGCAGGCACCAACGUUCAAGUUAUACUACCGAUAAAAAAUCAAGAGCAUUAAGUGAUCAAAUAUCUGGUUCUGAAGAAGGACAUAUCGUUUCACGAAUAGUUGUUAUGGAUUUGAUAUCGGAUAAUCGUGAAACAUCUGCAUUAUAUAUCGAUCGUGAACAUUUUUCUUCAUGGGAGGGUGUUAUUUACCAGUAG